GUGCAUCGCGGUGAUCGCCAAGGAGAAUUACCCUCUGUACAUCCGAAGCACUCCCACAGAGAACGAACUCAAGUUCCACUACAUGGUGCACACGUCUCUGGACGUGGUGGAUGAGAAGAUCUCUGCGAAGGGGAAAGCACUGGUGGACCAGAGAGAGCUGUACCUGGGCCUGCUCUACCCAACCGAGGACUACAAGGUAUACGGCUAUGUGACCAAUUCCAAGGUGAAAUUUGUCAUGGUGGUGGAUUCCUCCAAUACGGCCCUGCGGGACAAUGAGAUCCGCAGUAUGUUCCGGAAGCUGCAUAACUCCUACACAGAUGUGAUGUGCAACCCCUUCUACAACCCAGGAGACCGAAUCCAGUCUAGGGCCUUUGAUACCAUGGUAACUUCGAUGAUGGCCCAGGUGUGCUGACCUCUGCCCCAGCCAUCCGGAAGAGAAGCCGGUGUUCACCCCAGCUGGAUGAUACUUAUUUAUUCCCUUUCUGCUCCCUGAGUGUAACCUGCGGGCAGGGCUGCGUGCCCUGUGCUUUUCUACUAAAGGCCUCACAAGAUGAGA